CAGAGGUAAGCUUAGUGGCAACUUGAAGCACCAAAAGAUAUAUUACUUGUUUAUUGCGAUUGUUCUCACUCACCCAUCAAAACCUUGAAGAAUAAUUAAAUCUAGCUAAUUGUCAGGUAAAGUUGUUUGAAUAAUGGCCGAACAAAUGGGGAAUAUUUUCAGAAUCAGAUACUCUCUGCAACUGUCUUUUAUUCUGUGUUGAUGAAUAUUUCUUGUUUUCAGAGUUGUGUUUUGUUAUUUAGCCCAACUGAUUGAAGCUUGGGUUGCGAUAAGUAAAUUGGCCAGAGAUAGAAGUGGACUGGCCGUGGAUAUCACCAUUAAUACCAAAGUCCUCUGCCAUGGAAAAAUGUGGACCUUACGUUGCCAUGGUACUUGUACAAUUAGCAUAUGGUGGAUCAAACAUCCUCAUCAAAAUUGCCCUUGAGAGGGGACUCAAUCAGUUCGUCUUUGUGGUUUACCGUCAUAUAGUUGCCAUGUUUUUGUUAGGCCCUUUUGCUUACAUGUUGGAAAGGAAACAGCGCCCCAUGCUCUCAUUUUCAGUGAUGGUGAAGAUUUUUGUGCUUGCCUCACUUGGGACUACCAUCCAUCUUAAUGUUUAUUAUGCUGGCUUAGUCUACACUUCUCCCACAGUUGCAAGUGCUUUGAGUAAUGUUAUCCCCAGUUUGACAUUUCUCAUGGCGUCUCUGCUUGGGAUGGAAAAAGUGAAGAUUACAGCUGCUAGAGGUAGUGCAAAGGUGUUGGGUACUAUUAUUUGCAUUGGCGGAUCACUAAUUUUUACCUUUUGGAAAGGAGACUACCAAUUGAAAAGCUUUAUGCACAGGCCCCUCAUUAACAUGUAUUCCUCCAAACAUCCUGUUGCCGUGGAAAGCUGGAUCAAAGGUUCAGCCCUUAUUCUAAUCAGUUACAUUGCUUGGAGUGGGUGGCUAAUCCUCCAGGCUAUGGUCUUCAAAGUCUACCCAGCUCGUUUAUCGCUCAACACUCUCAUUUGCUUCUUCGCGUCACUGCAAUCAGCCUGCCUUGCCUUGUUCUUUGGAAGAAAUCCAGCCUUAUGGAAGCUGGAGUGGAAUGUACAACUCUUGACCAUCAUCUACUGUGGAGUUAUAAUCUCAGCGUCAGUAUACUAUCUACAAACAUGGUGCAUCAGCAAAAAGGGACCAGUUUUUGCAGCCAUGUUCAGUCCAUUACUUCUAGUUAUUGUGGGAAUAUUCUCAGCAGUUGCUUUUGCAGAGAGACUUCACUUGGGCAGCUUGGUGGGAGCAUUUCUCAUUAUUGUGGGACUUUACUGUGUACUAUGGGGCAAAAUGGCAGAUAGUAAUGUUUCUCAACAGGAGGAUGAUUGAAGAGACUUGGUCACAACAGUAAAAUUUUAGAGAUUUCCACUACUCAAACUUGACCUUGUCUCAAGUGAAAAGAAUCCAAUCAAAUAUAAAUUUAUUUAUUAUCAAGUUUUCUGUCGGCUGACCAAUUGCCUAAUAAUGCAUCUGAUUCAAGACUUGAACACUA